GCCUGGGGAUUUGACGCUGGGGAUUCUUUGAAGUGGAGCCGCAGCAGCGAGCGGAAGGCCGCCACAUUGGAAGGAAAACGACUUUUCACGGCAGUUAAUAAAUUUUUAACUGGUUCAACAAUUGCCCGCGAAUUCCGCCAGCUAAUGACGAGAAACGCGGCCGUCAGUGGCGACGAACCUGACGAGGAGCAGACUUCCGCAGGUGGCACCCCAGACCAGCCUCUGGAUGGGGCUCUGGCCGGGGCGGAAGCGGAGGAGGCGGCAGAGGCGGAGGCUGUGCCACAGGCUGGUGAUGGGGAUACGCCACAGCGACGUCAGAGGCCACGCAGGAAAGAACCACAACGAAGUGCUGCCAUUGGCCCCUUGGAUGGCGACACGGACUCCAGCUCCUGUGACGGAGUGGGCGUGGGCUCUGGCUCGAGGAGGCAGCGUGUCAGCUACGCGCAAAGGAAUCUUCUCGAGCAGGAGGAGGAGGAUGCUGAGGACGGCGAAGACGGCGAGGAUUACGACUACGAUGAGGAGGAAGAGGAGGAAGAGGAUUACGACGACUACGAGCAGUCAUCCAGGCCCCGCCAGGUGGCUCGCCCCCGCCCGGUGCUGACCAUUGGCGGAGCUCCACGGAGCAAGCGCAAAACGAAAGUCCGUCAGUUCUCGCAGCGCUCCAGCUCCUACGCCCCGGACUCGGGGCACGCCGAUCCGGAUGGCCACGAUGGCGAGGGCGAUGGCGAUAGCGAGAACCAGGACAAGCGUCGCUGUAUCUCCAAGGGGCAAAUGCGCGAGUUUCGAGAGGCCUUCCGUCUCUUCGACAAGGACGGCGAUGGCUGCAUCACCAAGGAGGAACUGGGCACCGUGAUGCGCUCUUUGGGACAAUUUGCCCGCGUCGAGGAGCUACAGGAGAUGCUCCAGGAGAUCGAUGUGGAUGGCGAUGGCAACGUGAGCUUCGAGGAGUUUGUCGACAUCCUCUCGAACAUGACGUACGAGGACAAGUCGGGCCUAUCUUCGGCCGACCAGGAGGAGCGGGAGCUGCGCGAUGCCUUCCGUGUUUUUGAUAAGCACAAUCGCGGCUACAUCACCGCCUCCGAUCUGCGGGCGGUGCUGCAGUGUCUAGGCGAGGACCUCGACGAGGAGGACAUUGAGGACAUGAUCAAGGAGGUUGACGUGGAUGGCGAUGGACGCAUCGAUUUCUAUGAGUUUGUCCAUGCCCUGGGAGAGCCGGAGGACUCGCAGGAGAACGACGACGAGGAGGAGAACACCACAUCGCCUCUGCCCACGCCCAAGUCGGCCAUUUCCCUCAGCUACGAUUGAGCAGGUGCUGGGGGCUGUGGGCAGUGGGCAGUGCCACGAUUGAGUACGAUUGAGGAGUGAGGAAAAUUAAGUUGGGGGAGGGAUGGUCAUCCAUUAUUUAUGGUAUUUAUGGGCCCAUCGAUAGACAGUCUGCAGUGGAAGCAAUAAAUAAUUGAUGGCCAAGAGGUGGUGGGCCUUGACUCGAUGACUCGAUGACUCCUUGAUGACGAUGACAAUGACUCGUCUGCAGUUCAGCUUGAUCGAUUACUCAUCAUAUAUUAAUGGUAUAUUGAUCGUCAUUUAAAUACUCAAACGAUAACUUAUUGACUCGUCGCUGCAAUAAUUAGAUACUCAUCGAUUACGUAUGGUAAUUAGGCGAGUCUCAAGAGAUAACAAAUCGAAUAACCAAUACUACCAACUCUAGGCAAGUCUCAUUCAUUCUUUCAUUCAUUCGAAUUCAAAUUGCCGGAAUGCACAGCUUAUCAAAUUACGAAUCAAAUCGAUAAUUAUACGUAUAGCCAAUGGAAUAAUCGAUACAUCGAUAAGCUCGCACUCACUCUCUGUGAAAAUUCCAAAAUAACCAAUAACCUACUUUAUGACGAUAAUCUACAUUCACUUAUGAAGUGGUACGAGUACCCCAAUCGUUCCAACUCUCUCACACACACAUAUCCUUAAGUACUCGUAGUGUAUCUUUCAAGACAUAUCAUUGAUGUAUCGCUCCUCUGUAAGCCUCCCAUUACCUUUACCCUCUUACCCACAACCCUUAUAUGUACCUCCUUAUACCUUCCACCCCUUCCUUCUCCUUAUAGUUAUUUCCCUUUGCCCUUCUCUCUUUACAAAUUUUUGACUAGAAUCGUAUAUGAAUAAAUUGAUUUAAUUAGGAAAUAUUUGCUCAAUUAUAGCUACUGCUGCAACAAAUAUCAAAUCGAAUCGAAUUGAAACGAAACGAAAUCGAACAAGAACAAGAACAACUCUUUAAUUAUUGAACGAACAAUUUAAUGUAAUUUACGAUUUACAAUUUUAAUCCACUCGAAAAACUCAAAUCGAAAAUCCCUUAAAAAAAAAAAUAAAAAAAAAAAUAAAAAAAC